GUACGGCCACUUCUCGGGGAUCAACAGAAAAGUGCAACUAACCUACCUGCCCCAUGGGCAGCCCAAAACCUCCAGUGAGGAAGAAGACACACGUAAAGAAGGUCCGUCUCUGCUCCUGGUGCUGAAGUGGGGAGGAGAGCUGACUCCUGCUGGCAGAGUGCAGGCGGAGGAGCUCGGGAGGGCGUUUCGCUGCAUGUACCCCGGAGGACAAGGAGACUAUGCUGGAUUUCCAGGCUGCGGGUUGCUACGGUUACACAGCACCUACAGACACGACCUGAAGAUCUACGCAUCCGACGAAGGCCGCGUGCAGAUGACGGCCGCCGCUUUCGCAAAGGGCCUGCUGGCUCUGGAGGGCGAGCUGACCCCCAUCCUGGUGCAGAUGGUGAAGAGCGCCAACAUGAACGGUUUGCUGGACAACGACAGCGACUCCCUGAGCAGCUGCCAGCACCGAGUCAAAGCUCGGCUCCACGAGAUCCUGCAGAAGGACCGAGACUUCACCGACGAAGACUACGACAGGCUCGCCCCGACCUGCAGCGCUUCUUUGGUGAAUUCGAUGAAGAUCGUCCAGAACCCCGUCGCCACGUGUGAUCAGGUCUACGCCCUCAUUCAGAGUCUCACCUCACAAAUCCGCAAAAGAAUGGAGGACCCCAAAUCAGCCGACCUGCAGCUGUACCACAGCGAGACUCUGGAGCUGAUGCUGCAGCGUUGGUCCAAACUGGAGAGAGACUUCCGCAUGAAGAACGGACGCUACGACAUCAGCAAGAUACCCGACAUUUACGACUGCGUGAAGUACGACGUCAUCCACAACGCGACUCUGGGCCUCGAGGACACGCUGGAGCUGUUCAGGCUGUCCCACGCGCUGGCGGACAUCGUCAUCCCACAGGAAUACGGCAUCAAUAAAGUAGAAAAAUUGGACAUUGCGUACGCCUACUGCCUCCCGCUGGUCAGAAAGAUCCAGCUCGACCUGCAGAGGACGCACGAGGACGAGUCCGUCAACAAACUGCACCCGCUGUAUUCUCGUGGAGUGAUGUCUCCCGGCCGUCACGUCAGGACUCGUUUAUAUUUCACCAGCGAGAGUCACGUUCACUCUCUGCUCAGCAUCUUCCGCUACGGAGGCCUGCUCGACGAAGAGAAAGACCAGCAGUGGAAGCGAGCCAUGGAUUACCUCAGCGCUGUCUCUGAACUCAACUACAUGACUCAGAUUGUCAUCAUGCUGUACGAGGACAACAAUAAGGAUCUCACCUCGGAGGAACGCUUCCACGUGGAGCUUCACUUCAGUCCAGGCGUCAAAGGCGUCGAAGAAGAGGAGAACGCUCCGACCGGCUUUGGCUUCAGACCCGCAUCUGCAGAGGUAGCACGCCAGAACGGGCAGAAACAAACCGACCCCGGCAGCCUGGAGGAUCUCACACGGGACGAGACGGACCGAGCCGUGCCGCUGUCCGAGCCGAUCACCAUCCAGAGGAGAUCACCACUCAUACGCAACCAUAAGACCGGAUCCAUGGAGGUCCUCUCGGAGACGUCGUCCUCCAAAGUGGGCAGCUAUCGCCUGUUUUCCUUCUGCUCGCGUCAGUCCCCCGAGAUGAAACAAAGCGGAUUAGGCUCUCAGUGCGCCGGGCUCUUCAGCACCACUGUCCUAGGUGGCUCCUCUAGCGCCCCUAAUCUGCAGGACUACGCACGCGCACACCGCAAAAAAUUCUCCACCGGCAGUCUGUCCUACAAAGACGAGUUGUUGUCUAUGCCGGCAGUAAAACGAUUUUCUGUGUCGUUUGCAAAGCAUCCGACUAAUGGUACGUCUGCUUCUUUCAAGUAUAUU